UGUGCUUGUGUGUUUCUUUCCUCAACUAAGAUAAGAAAUGUAGAAAUUAUAAUAUUAUAGGUAUUAUACAUGUUAUUGAAUGUAAUAAUUUAAUUCUUGAGUAUGAACCAAAUGUAAUGUUACUGUAAGUUCAGAUGAAUGAGGAUUAUAUUACUUACAAUGCACGUGACCAUCAAAUAAAAUGUGAACAUUCUAAGUUAAAACUGUGACUGAAUAUCUGUGAAUUACCAAAUCGAUAAUAAAGGAACAAGUUCGAUAUUGAUAGAAGCUGGAGUAUUCAUUUAGUGAUAUCAAAUUCAGACAAAUACAAAUAUAAAUCAUUUAAACUUGGACAAAGCACGAAAGCACGUUUUGGAAUUAACUGCAAAAUAUUCGGAGUUUUAAUCGUUCAUUAUUUUUCAAGUAGAAAUACAUAUACAAUCUUUGUGCCUUGACUUUGUGCUCGAAACAGAACUAGCCAUCUUCCGAUUGUUCAAGACAGAAAGGAUAGUCAACUGCAGGCGGAAGGCGGAUAUAUUGUUGUAUAAGGACUAUUUGAGGACCAAUGGUUGCAGUAUAAGAGAAGUUUGAGAUAUGGAUUAACGGAUCACGAAAACCAGCAAUAUCUCAUUACGACCCCAGAAGUUUGGCACAAUGUGGAUUAUGACAGCUGUGGUCGGAUUAACAUUUUUACAUGCAGGGAAAAUGACUGCUGGCGAAAGCUACGACUACCCGAUAUACAACACAGAUUCAUGUGACGAAACAGGACGGAAGGCAGUCACGUGCGAAGAAGGCCUCGUUCUGCAAAUCAUUGACGUCCGAUGUAUGCCACAUAACUUCACUUGUCCAGAGUUCGGGAUCAUAUCCAGACUUUGUGAUGGCGUACGAUCAUGUUCCUUUCUGGAUCUUCGACGACAGUUGUACACGUACUGUAGAAAGUAUCCUGAAAAAAGAGUCUACACUUCUUUCAAAUGUAUUCCCACAAAUAAACAGUCUGCAUGUCGGGCUAACCUUUGCUCGGAGGAAGCGGUCGAUAUCCGGUGCCGGAGAGGUAGUAUAUUUCACCUGUUGGAUCUCCGGUGCCGUACGGACAGGCAGGGCUGCCCGGAAGACGUAUUUCGAACCGUUCAUCGUGUAUGUGAGACUCAACGUGGCUGCCUCGUGUCUGUUGUCAUCAAUACGCUACCACGUGACACGUGUAACCAGCAUCAUAACAUAUUUAUGGAGUAUAUCUGUGUGGAUGAUUCCGCUUUAUCGUCCAAGUGUGUGGGUGAGUUUAUUGUUCAGGUUCCCCGGUUCGGUAUCCUCUCGAACCCAGGCUACCCCGAGAACCUCGCUGGGCUGUCCGAGACUUGUUACUGGGCCAUAUACCCAGAUACGGACCUGGGCGAGGAGAUAGACCUCACCAUACACGAGGCCUACAGUCUCGAAGGGACGCAUGUCUGUGAUACUCAAUAUCUGCAGGUCCAGUUUACUCUAUGUAACAGCGAUUCACUAACUGUCCAACGAUUCUGCGAAGAGAGUGCUCUGAACGUGCGAAUUCACUCAUGCGGAACAGUCUAUGUUACACACUACCCCUUCCCCAAGGGAAAUGAUCGCGGCAACCGGUUCCUCAUAUCUUAUCAAGUGUCGUCGCGUGCUUCUCGACUUCCGGCUUACGACAGUUUUUGUACGCAAUGUGAACGACCAGACGCUGUACUGAUGGCUGCAAGAUAUACAAAACCAUAUCAGGAUCAUCAAACAACGACGGCCACAUUAGUUGAUUACCUAAAACCAACCAGCAAGUCAUCGCUGACUAUACCUGAUGAACAACCAAUCAACGACAGUAGCGUUAGUGGGGGACCAACAAACAUUACCCGAGAGGUGAAGGGCGAUGAAAAGCAUAACCGUGACAGAAACGAUCCAUGGAAGCAGAUAACAUUGCUUAGAGUGGUGAUCGUGAACAUUUUUAUCGGCUUGAUCAUCGUGGCUCUACUCAUGGCAAUAGGGUAUGUGUGUUGGAGGUACGUAACAUACGGUAGACGGAAAUCUCAGGCGAGUAAGAGUGAAACGGUGACUACAUUAGACGAAACGAGGAGCACUGAAAUGCGCCUUCUCACAGAAGAAGAGCGUAAUAAGCAACAGGAUCCACUCAUACACAAUGAUGGUGAUGGUAGUGAAUCAAAAACAAUCAAAGUGGCGACUUCACCAUACGAAACCACUAUAUUUCAUUUCAAUAGACAUAAUGCAGAAAGUGAGGAUGAAACAGUUAUUUAUGAUAAAAGUACUUGCGUGUCCUCCUUUUUGCCACAACCGCCAUUGCGAAGAAACAACGGCAAUUUUCAAAAUACUGAGUCAGCCUAUUCCAGUUUUGAAGAAGACCAGUCGGAUAAUGGACAUUAUUCAGAUGUCAUUGACACUCAGUGUUCUUAUAAUGGUAUAAUGGAAACACCUGACAUGAACAUGAUCUCGGAAACUCUUUCUGGCAAAACGUUCGCGCAACAUGAAGCGAACCACUCUGCUUAUACAACAAAAGAACCCCACACACAUGAAUAUCAAACAAAUAAGCCACCUUCAACUAGUCAGUCAACUGGUGCGGAAUAUGCAGUAUUAUCAAAGGUGCCGGAACAACGAAAGAGAAACAAUUUAAAUCAAGUUGAUUCACAUAAAAGCCAAACCGGCGAACAUGACUGUGUUAAUGUUACAACUAACACUGCGAAUCACUGUGCAGAACGACAUAUCCAACUAGUGCCUGAAGAGGGAAACCAUUUUGCUUUGGCGGAGACGACAAUGCAACUGAUUCCAGAACACAAGUGUUUAUUGCAUAACAUACCACCUCCUCCCCCGCCACCAGUCACCACGAGGUUGCAAAACCUGGAAAAGGGAAUAAACAGCUGGUCAACAGUUCAGGCGGAUGUUUAACGAAGUGUUGUUAGUUGUCCCUGACAUGUGAUACUUGUCUUUGUAUUUAUUGCAAUCAUAUCUACAUUUGAUUCACUCAGCAUAAUCAUAGUGUGAUUCCAAACAAUAUUAUUUUGUAAAAAAGGAAAGGUUUAGGUACACAUUUUAUGUCAGAAAACAAUAACAUAAUUGAUACGUUUUGCACUCAUGUUCUUGUUGAAUGUUGAAUAAAAUAAGCAUGUUGUAGAAAUACAUGUGCACUUGUAAAUAUACUGAAUAUCAUCUCAAAUUGUUUCUAUGUGAACUACUAUGAUUAUUAUGACGGAAACUACAGCGACAAUCCCCUAGCGUAAAGUCCUAUACAAGUAUAGGUUCACAAAUGAUUCUUACUCGAGUUCUUUUCGGUCAAAUAAGGACUUGCUAAGAAUGGCAGAUUUGGCAUUUGUUGUCCAGCGUCGUCUUUGUUUUCAGUCACAUGUGUUAUAUGUUAUUAGAAAACGCAAAUAUUGUAUUUAAUUUGAUACAGAG